UCGGUGUGGGACCGAUAGUCAAACUGUCCGGACGCUAAUGUCUGCAACACCCGGCGUUUGAGUUCUGUGGGAUGGAGUUUCGUUGACAGACAGCAGCGCGACGUGAAACAGUAGCGAGUGUUUUCUUUGCAGUGACGCAGCGGGACCCACCGGGAGCAACAUGGCGGACGUCAUCAUCAUCAGGGUGCAAACCCCAGAUGGGAUGAGGAAAAUUGCUUCUACCAAGAGGGAGACAGCUGCUGCUUUUCUAAAGAAGGUGGCCACGGAGCUCGGCUUCAGCGCCAACGGGUUUUCUAUUUACCUGAACCGCAACAAGACCGAAGAGAUCCUGUCCCAGAACAAAACCAUGAGCCUGCUGAAGAUCAAGCAUGGCGACAUGCUGUAUCUGGUCCCCACAGGAUCCUCUUCCUCCCCCGGGGAGGUCAUGGACACCGCCACCCCGCACUCGUCUUCGUACCUACCGUCCAUCUCCUCCUCCUCUUCAUCCUCCAUUUCGUUCCCCUCCUCCUCCUCUUCGUCCUCCGUGAUGCCGCGGUCCUUCUCGGCGCCCCAGAUCCAGGAGGACGAGAUCGAUCAGUACCUGACCAAGCAGGACGGCAAGAUCUACAGGAACAAAGAUCCCCAGCUAUGUCACCACGGUUCCCUCGGGAAGUGUGUGCACUGCGUACCGUUGGAGCCUUUUGACGAAGACUACCUGAAUCACCUGGACCCGCCGGUGAAGCACAUGUCGUUCCACGCUUACCUCCGGAAGCUGACGGGCGGAGCCGACAAAGGGAAGUUUGCAGCGUUGGAGAACAUCAGCUGUAAGAUCAAGUCGGGCUGCGAGGGCCACCUGCCGUGGCCGGAGGGCAUCUGCACCAAGUGCCAGCCCAGCGCCCUCACGCUGAAUAGACAGAAAUACCGCCACGUGGACAACAUCAUGUUUGAGAACCACACCACCGCCGACCGCUUCCUGGACUUCUGGAGGAAGACGGGCAGCCAGAGGAUGGGCUACCUGUACGGCCGCUACACGGAGCACAAGGACAUCCCGCUGGGCAUCAGGGCCGAGGUGGCCGCCAUCUACGAGCCGCCGCAGAACGCGACCCAGAACAGCCUGGAGCUGGUGGAGGACCCGAAGGCUGCAGCUGUGGACGAAAUCGCUGCCAAGCUGGGCCUGUGCAAGGUGGGCUGGAUCUUCACUGACCUUCUGUCUGAGGACACGAGGAUAGGAACCGUCCGCUUCACCAGAAACCACGACUCUCACUACCUGAGUGCAGAGGAGUGCAUCACAGCCGGAUACUUCCAGAACCUUCACUCAAACAGCUGCAGACUCUCUCGAGACGGACAUUUUGGCUCCAAGUUUGUGACCGUGGUGGCGACGGGCGGCCCGGACAACCAGGUGCACUUUGAAGGCUACCAGGUGUCCAAUCAGUGCAUGGCGUUGGUGAAGGACGAGUGCCUGCUGCCCUGCAAAGACGCUCCGGAGCUGGGCUUCGCUAAGGAGUCGUGCUCCGAGCAGUACGUCCCCGACGUCUUCUACAAGGACAAAGACAAGUUUGGGAAUGACGUCACGUUUCUAGCUCGGCCUCUUCCUGUGGAGUACCUCAUCAUAGACAUAACGACCACUUUCCCAAAGGACCCCCAGUACACGUUCUGCUCCACACAACGGUUCCCCAUCGAGAACCGAGACAUCCUGGGAGAGACACAAGACUUCAAAAGCUUAUCCACAUACCUGUCCCAGUGCACCUCCACGACGUUCCUGGACGUCGUGUCGGACUUCCACCUGCUCCUCUUCCUCGUCACCAAUGAAGUCAUGCCCCUGGGAGACAGCAUCGGGCUGCUUCUGGAUGCCGUGAGGACCUCGAACGAAGAUCUGGCUCAGACCUGGAAGAAGUCGGAGCAGUGGGCCACCAUCGAGCAGCUGUGCAGCACCGUGGGCGGGCAGCCGUCCAGCUCCCAGAGCUACGGGGCCAUGGGGGGCCCCUCGGCCCCGGCCUCCUCCUCCGCCAUGUGGUCCUGCCUCCACUGCACCUUCAUGAACCAGCCCGGCACGGAGCACUGCGAGAUGUGCAGCCUGCCCCGCAGUUAAAAACGCCGCGAUCGCUAUGCCCCGCCCCCCCCCCCCCCCUCGCCACUGGCUGCACCCCGGGACCAUCAGCCCCCCCCCCCCCCCCCCCCUCUUUUUGUUAGUUUUCUCUGGCCUCGCGUUGAAGCGUCUGUCCCUCCACACCUCGUGAAGAGGAAGCACUCGUUUACAUCGAAUCAUCAAGUAAAUCUGAUCAAACCAGACUUGUUUCUUGUGUCCCCCCCCCCUCAAAUGCACCAGAGACCGGAGUGCUUGGACGUCCCUCUCACAUCAGUCUUGCUGUGCAUAAGUACAUUUGAAGAAUGAUACUGUUAUUUAAUUAAGCUUCUUCUUUAUUUUUAAUGAUCAGACCGUAGCUUUACAUUUGGAGGUCCCGGUCUCCCUGACGAGCCCCUCGCAGUACAAUCCUCUGAGGAGACGACCUUCAUCUUCUCCUCGCCGCUCGUUGUUCCUCAACAUCUCCCGCUGGCUUGUUUUGGAUUUGUAGCUUUUUCUUUUUGUGCAUUUUGUGGGUUGAACUCGAGCAGCACGUGUAGCUUAUUUCCUCCGCUGUGCGUUCGGUCUCGUGAAAACGACAUCGCUCUCGUCAUCACUGAUGGGCCCCCCUGAACCCCUGCUGAAGCCCCUCUGUGGUCCCCUUGAACCCCCUCUGUGGCCCCCCUGAACCCCUGCUGAACCCCCUCUGUGGCCCCCCUGAACCCCUGCUGAACCCCCUCUGUGGCCCCCCUGAACCCCUGCUGAAGCCCCUCUGUGGUCCCCCUGAACCCCCUCUGUGGCCCCCCUGAACCCCUGCUGAGGCCCCCCUGACGCCCCUCUGGGUCUCUCCUUGACUCAGCCUUCAAAUGUUCUGCUUCUCCAGUGUCGAGGGGGGGUCACAGGUCACCAGGGGGGGAGACAAGGCUCUGCAGAUGCUUCUCAGGAGGGCUGCCCUCGACCGGAGACGAUCGAUUUGAUCGACUGAUUCUUUUUAAGUUUUAAAUCUGGUGUCGAGCGGCAAUGCGCUCAUUAGUUUCUUGGAAAUGAGCAUUAAAUAAAAUUGGCAUAAAGAACGACUAAUCGAGAGGGAGAGGGCAGCCCUGAUUGUUGUUCUUGUGGUGAUCAGACUUUGUAGAGAUGAGGGUGUCAGAGGAGGAGGCGGAGCCUGACGCGGUGUGAAAAGCUGUCAAAAGGCCACUUAAAGUCUCACUUCACCUAAAAUUGUAAUAAUUGUAAACAACAUUUUCUCCCUCGCCUCUCAUUUUCGAUAGUAAAAAGCUUCUCGUUUUUCAUCCUCACAAACAUUUCAUCGCCUCAAUAAAAACUGUGCGUCGUCGGGGUCGUUGCCGGGGAAACGGGCCUCUUCAGGUCAGAGGGCGGGUUGUCGUGGGAUCCAUUUCUGAAACGUGUGCUUCUUAUAAGAGCUUGAUUCCAUUGAAGUGAGAAUAUAUUUUUAGUUGUAGGUUCAUUUGAAAAUGCUUGUUUGUUUGUUUGUUUGUUUACACACACACACACACACACCUGAGCGCGUCGUACCUGUCGUCACGCCGACGGGCGGCGGUGACCUUUUCCUUUUGUAUUGAUCCGGGGCCGUCUGCUGAGCGAGCUCUCGGCGCUGACUUGAGGACCCUAGAAGUUGUCUGCUGUUGACCUGGAUUUGAGACAAAAUAUUAAUAAAUAAAAAAAACAACAACAAAGAAUUCUCGUUGCAGAAUGAUAA